AUGUAUUUACCAUCGUCACCAGUUCGCGGGGAGAACAGUCCGUUGCGUGCCAAAACGGCUGCAUCCGCGUCCGAGCCCCUGUCCUUGGCCAAGGACUACCCUACUCCUAACCCAUCUUCGUCGCUUGGCUACGAGGAAGAGUCUGAAAAAGCACGCAAGGUCGCCUUCGAGCUGCCACCGCGCAAAGUUGAGAUCGUUUCCCCGAUGUCGCGGGUGCGCAGGCUCAAGGUGCCAUUGACAGGGCGCCAAAUUAGUAUCGGACGGUCGUCCCGGUCGAACCAAUGCGUGCUAAACCCCCAUAACAAACUGGUUUCGCGUACCCAUUGCUCUGUCCACUACGUUCCCGAGACUCACACCCUCAAGCUUCACUGCAUUGGCUGGAACGGCGUGAAUGUCACGGUUCCAGGACGCGUGGACGUCGUAAAGAAGGACGACGCGUUCGAGGUCACGAGCAGCACGGUUGCGCCUAAAAGCUCCCGUAUCUUGUCCCAGGAGGCCUCGGUGACCAAUCUCUACAUACUGAAGGGCGAGACCGUUUUUUUGCCAAUGCUUCCAGGACUCAUUUUGGAUAUUCGUGGCGAGCUGAUUCUGGUCGAGACAGAGGACGAGUUGACAGAGGACGAGGCUGAAGAGGAAUUAGAGCAGACUCCGGAGCCGGUGCAGCAUGAGACUCAAAACCCUGUGGAAGCCGUCCAGACUACGCAAGAAAACAAGGAGAACAUCCCGCCUGUUGCCAGAAAAGAGCCAAACGCCGUUUCUCCCGCGUACACACCAGAACAAUCGCCAGAUCCAGUCACGGCCACCAAAGCACGCGCAAGAAGCAAGAACCACAGCUCUCCAAGAAAAAAGAAGGACACCGAACACCAAAUCUCCAAGGAGGAGGCCGGCAUUUUGCUGGAGCCAUUGCAGUCCCAACUGCCGCAUCUUGCUAACAUCCUGGUCAACCACCUGGCCUACUCAAGACUGCUGCAAACACCGCUGCAGGUUCUGAUGGGCCUCAAGGCUGUGCAGGACCUCGGCUUGAGUAAGCAGCAGCUUCGCGGCUUACUAAUAUAUUACGUGGACUGUAUCGGCGUAAUCUACCGCGUUGGUAAAGAUGCGGCUGGCAAGCCGCUGGACGAGGAGUACUACUACGACCCGGAAAAGGACCAGGACAAGUCGCGGGUCCAGCUCGUGGAGGAGCUGAAGGGCUCUGCUUCGCAUUUGCGUAGCUGCAGAAAGACGCACAAGCAGUACUUUUGGAAGAAGCCGGCAAAGAGAUAA